CCACGGGGGGGGGGGGGGAGAAGCAAGGAGCUGGUGGAAGAGCCGGGAAGCAGCUUCUUUCUCGCUCGCGCGCUCCAGGCAGGCGCGGCAGUGGCCUCUGCCCCUCUCUUUGCGCUUGGCUGCUGGGUUGCAGGAGCCGGGCUUGACCGAGGAGUGGGCGGGCUGCGUCGGGAGGGGGCUGCCCGGCACGCGCCGAAGGGGACCUGCUCCGCUGCCGCCGCCGCCGCCGCCGCCUGGAUGUCAGAGGCUCCUCGGGAGCCGGCGGUCGGCGGCGCUCCGGAGGACGCAGGAGGCGAAGGGGGAGAGGCCGGCCGCUGAGCGGGGACGUCCGUCGCAGCCGGCCGGCCAUGGCCUCCAACUUUAACGACAUCGUCAAGCAAGGCUACGUGAAAAUCCGCAGCAGGAAGCUAGGGAUUUUCAGAAGAUGUUGGUUGGUUUUCAAGAAGGCUUCUAGUAAAGGACCAAGAAGGCUAGAAAAAUUUCCUGAUGAGAAGGCAGCAUAUUUCCGAAAUUUUCACAAGGUAACUGAGUUGCACAACAUCAAAAAUAUAACUAGACUGCCUCGAGAGACAAAGAAGCAUGCAGUGGCAAUUAUCUUUCAUGAUGAAACGUCAAAGACAUUUGCCUGUGAGUCAGAGCUUGAAGCAGAAGAAUGGUGCAAACAUCUAUGUAUAGAAUGUUUAGGAACCAGGCUUAAUGAUAUAAGCCUUGGUGAGCCUGAUCUUCUUGCUGCUGGAGUUCAGAGAGAACAAAAUGAGCGAUUCAACGUAUACCUUAUGCCUACACCAAAUUUAGAUAUCUAUGGGGAAUGUACAAUGCAAAUUACGCAUGAAAACAUCUAUCUCUGGGAUAUCCACAACGCUAAGGUGAAGCUUGUCAUGUGGCCUCUAAGUUCUCUAAGGAGAUAUGGGCGUGACUCAACAUGGUUCACAUUUGAAUCUGGAAGGAUGUGUGACACAGGAGAAGGGCUGUUCACCUUUCAGACAAGGGAAGGUGAGAUGAUCUAUCAGAAGGUCCAUUCUGCAACGCUGGCAAUAGCUGAACAACAUGAAAGAUUGAUGAUGGAGAUGGAACAGAAAGCACGGCUUCAGACUAGUUUGACUGAACCAUUGACAUUACCAAAAUCAAUCUCACUUCCUCGCAGUGCAUACUGGCAUCAUAUCACUCGGCAGAAUAGUAUGGGAGAAAUCUACAGUUUACAAGGUCACAGUCUUGGCUCAAUGAAGGUGUCUCGGGCACAGACAUUUCCCAGCUACAGUUCGGAACAGAGUGAGGAGCAUGAGCAACGCCUCUCACUGUCUAGCAGCUAUGGAUUCAGCUACAGCUCAGGCCUCCUCCAAUGACACACAGACAAUGUUUGACUCGAGAGACAGACUAGUGUGGAACCUGCCUGUAGGGCCCAGGACCUGCUUGUCCCUUCCUCGACUUCCACUGACAAGAAAUGGUAGUGAAAAAGAAGGGUGUGAGUCUCCAGGCUGGUGCUGGCGAAGGUGAAACCUUGGAUCACUGCUUUCCCAAGGCAGAAUCUUGGCGUUAUUUAUUUGAAUUUUAUACUGAUUUUGUCCAUGUUUUAGAAAAGGAAAUGAUUUCUCGCUGAAAUCCUAAGGACGUGCAGAUGAGGUUUCCGCAUGCUCAAACGCUAUCGGUUCUGGCAAGCAGAACGUGUGUUGGGGCGGGGAGGGGAAGGAUAGCAUAAUAUGUUGUUAGUGUGCAGAUAUUGCCAGUCAACUCUGUUGUCAAGUUUGCUCAUCUCCAACAGAAGUCACCUUUACUCUAGGUACCAGCCCUCCAACUGGGUGAUCAUUACAGAAAUGUUGCUCAAUGAACAAAACCAAAUUCAGGAUGUACAGCUAUCACCAGUUAUGCACAAUUCAGUCCCAAUGUCUUAAAUGGAAUCUACGCAUGACUAAUCUUAGGACUGUAGCCUAAUAUUGCAUCCGUGAAAUGGAACUGGGGGCUCAUCAUCAGAGUCUCAUGAACACGGUUAAAACAUGUGAUGGAGGAAUCAAUAAAUAUUUCAAGUGAGAUGGCAUGGCAGUGCUUAAUAGCCCUUCAAAAAUGGGUUGUGUUGUAUAUUAAGUCAUUUACCUAAAAUAUUUCCCAUACUGAAUUUUUAUGGCCAGAUUCUGCUCUUAGCUAUGUCCUUUCUGAACUUAAUAUUCCACAGUAUCCCAUUGUGGAUAGGGAUUAUAGAUAUCAAGAGAAGACAGUAGAACAGUGCAUUGUAUGUCUUCCCAUUGUAGAUAAUAUUUUCAAAAUGAAGACUGAACUUAGACAUUUCUGAUUUGUAUACUGGGCUGGGAUCACUGAGACAAUACUGCUGGGUGGCAGCCUCAUGAGCCACAGUUCUGUAGGGCCAGAAGCUUGCCUAGUAGAAAUGAAACUAAUUUUUAAGUUUCUGGUCUUAUCAAAGUCUGUUAGCUAAUAAUGUAGACUGCUUCAUCUCCUUGCCAUCUUUUGUUUGGUUUCUGAUUGCUUUCCCUGAUAUCCAGUUAAGCAACUGUCUGAAUCAUUAGUACAAUCAUGGAUCAGUCAAGGUGGAUUUCCCCAUCCGUUUAUUUUAUUGCAUGGUUGAUUUUUUAAACAGCCCCUGUAGACUGGACAGCCAUGUGGGACUCAGUUGUAAGUAGCCUUUUAAAAAAAAUAUUGAACUCCUAGUUAAAUAAAAACAAAAUCUAGUGGCAGCAUAGAGACUGACAAUAUUUAUUUCAAUACAAGCAGUUGUGGAUCAUGGAGAGAGUCAUAGCAUUAGCUAGUUUAGUUUACUAGGCAUAGACCAGCUAUUACAUGCAACCAGUUCUGUAAAAGCAGCAAAAUUUGAUCCGAAACAAAUUAAAACAAAGAACAUUGGAUACCUUUAUAUCCUUUCCAAUAGCAAAAGACACUGAAAUAUAAGAAUAACAUUAUAAAACAAUACGUAUGGCCACAUCCAAAAAGGGAGAGUGAAUCUCCCUGUGAGAGCAGCACGUGGCUAUGCCAGCAGAUUUGCCUUCCCUGGCACAUUUGCCCCAGUGGAUGAGCAAAUCUACUAGUGUACAGCUGCUCAGCUCUCCCCGGCAGUGAGCCAUAGUGUCAAAUGCCACGUCAUUGUUCCAGCACCCCUGCCGCCAUCAGGGGAGGAUCUGGCAGCAAGUAUGUCUAAAGUCACUGGAAAGGUGGUGUAAGUCUAAUGAGCCCCAUCAGAGCUCCUUGGUUGUGGGGAGGUUUUUUGACUUUGGAAACCUCCCCAUGCCACCAAGAAGCCUCUAUGAGAGCAGUGGGGCAGAACAACCAUGGCCGGCCGCCUGACUGCUUGGAUGGGGCUGUUUACUCUACUUACAUCUAUAUCAAAGUUGGAAAGUUUCACUAUCAAAUAUGUCAGACUUUAUGUACAGAUUCACAGAACUUGGCAAUUUGCAUAGUAAUCUGUAGGGGUUUUUGUCAGAAAGGAGCUUUUCUAUCUGAGCAGCCCCAUCCAAACAGCCAGGUGGUCGGCCUCAGCAGUGCCGCCCCGUUGCUCCAAGGGAGACUUCCUGGUGGCAUGGGGAGGCUUGCAAAGAAAAAAAAGAAAAAAGUCUCCCUGCUGCUGAGAAGCCACUAAGGGGCUCUAUGGGGCCUCCUCAGCAGCUUAAGUCUAAAGAAAUUGCCACAAACAUAAGGCAGCAAACGGCUAAAAGGAAACCAACUAAAGUUAGCUCCUCCCCUAGCCAUGCCCCCAGACUACCCUCGCUGUGCCAGUGGCACAGCAAAGGGAUGCUGUUGCAGCAUCCUGUGCCAUGUCUCACCACUGGGGAGGGCAGCAGCAACCAUCCACCAGUAGUUUUACCCUUCUCCAAAGGUAAGUGUCCCGGGGAGGGCAAAUCCAGCAGAACAGCCACACACUACUCCUUUGGAAAGACUCUAACAUCCUCCUUUGGAUGGAGCUGAAAUUCACUCUGAACACCCAUAGAUUUUAGCAAGCAAUGGACAAAUAAUCUUAGCACAAGUGUCAUUGUAGAAUGGGAAGCAGAAAAAUGUUCCUGGCAUUCUACUUACCCUAAUGUGCAAGGGCACAGCUUCUCUGAUUUAGGGACCCUUCCACAUUUUCCCUCCAGAAUUGCUGAUGGCAAUGCAGAAUAUCUUGGCUAGGGUAAAUACCUUUCUAAAGUUGUUAAUUUCUAGAGAUGAAAGAUAGGCAGCCAGCACAAGGAUUUAUCUUGUCUUUAUUGGGAACAUAAAGGCAGUAGAUCUUGCAUGAUCAAUCUGGCACUCACUAUCUUUGUCUCUUGAUGCAUGUACCAUUGGCUGCACAGAUGAGAAGCAAUCUUUACUUCAAAGUGAGGCUUCUCCAUGUCUUUUUGUUUACAUUUCCCAAAGUGUCUCUCGGCCAAUCCACACACAUCCACACACACAGAGAGACCUCCUCCUUGUUGUUUCCAUGCAACCUCCAUUUGGGGAGGUUGCCUGUCACCUUUUUGUUGUUGUUGUUGUUGUUGUUUUCUUUGGUCUAGUGUUAUUUCACUAGACAAGCCCUGUCAAUUUUACUAGGUUCACCACUCCAACAACAGACUGUCACCACUAACAUUUUUUUUAAUCCUUCUGAUCAUCCUGAAAUGGUAGCCUGAAGAGUGGGCAGUAUUGUGGUCUGGAUGGGGGAUGGCAGGGAAGAGGGAAAAAAACCUGAGGAAAGCUAAACACUUGGUGAUCUCCUUCGCUUUUCCUGCAAAGGGAGAUAAAAAGUUGCCCUUGAAGAGCUUUUGGAAACUGCAGCGAUUUUCCGAUCUGACAGUGGGGUGAGUGCUAAAGAGGAGAAAACAUGUGCAUAUCUGAGAAUCAACCCCUGAUGUUGCCUUCUGACAUUGGUAUCCAGACACUUUACUGUGACCAAAUGUGGAAGUCUCCUUAAGCCUCCAAGGCUAGAAGCAGCUGAAUAGUCUAUCCACCAUGAAUCUGUCUAAUUUGCUUGUAGCUGAUACUUCCUUUGACAGCAAAUUCCACAUUUUAAUUACUUGUUGAAUAAAGAAGUAUUUCCUUUUGUCCAUCCCAAAUCUACUUCCCAUUGACUUAAUUGGGUGCUCCAAAAUUCUAUAUUUGUUAUUUUAGGAAAGGGAGAAAAAGUUCUCUAUGUGUACUCUACCCUCUGCAUAGUUUUUUAACUUCAUAAACUGUCUUGUUUUCAAUCUUCUUCUUCCUAAUUAUCCCCAACAGAGACAUUGCCUUUUUCACUACGGCAAUACACAUUUUCACUGAGAUGUCCACUAUGACUCCAAGGUCUCUUUCCCCCUCAUGCUCAGCAAGUUCAGACUUGGGGUGCCAAGCCUCCUGAUAUAUUGGGAGACCUCUCAGUGUUUCUCUGCUUGGUCUGUUGUAGCAGGGAAGAAAUGGGAUGCAUACCUGAAAUCACUUCUAUUUUUACCGUAGAAUUUCUUUAAAAUUUCCUUCUUUGAAUCCCUGUCAUUCAUAGGAUCUAACACAUGGUUCUUUUUGCUAUCUUCUCAGAAUGUCAAAUAUUGAUGUCAUUCUGGCUCUAACUGGCCCCACAUCUCUUCUCCUGUGAUUGUACCCAUUGGCUUUGAUUCCCCUUUCCUCCACAUAAAUAGCGGAUUAUAAACUGGAGAACCAGAUUAGAUUCCCCUCUCCUUCACAAGCAACCUUCUUGAUGACCUUGGACCAAUCACUGUUCUGGCAGAACUUUAUCAGCCCCAUCUACUUUACAAGGUACCUGAUGUGGGGGGAAGAUGAUUGCAAGCUGCUUUGAGACUCCUUUUGAUAGAGAAAAGUAGGGUAUACAAAAAAACAACCAAUUAAAAAGAGAUCAUCUACUGCUCUUUUUCACAAAUUAGUUCCAUGUUGAAUUUGUAUGCAAGGUGGCUGUAUGCAUACGCACAAAAUAGUUGUUGUUGUUGUUGUUGUUAUUUAUAUUUGAUAGACCGCCCAAUUCCUAAAGGGUAGUACACAACAAAAAUCCAGAUACAAUACAGCAAUAAAAUUAAAUACAAAUUAUAAAUAUAAAAAUUAAAAUUCCUUAUAAUCACAGGCAGCAGCAUAAUAAAACCACAUUAAUUAAUUAAUUAAUUAACCAAGUCAAUUUAAAAUUGAAUUAAAUUGAAGUGAUGGCGUCCGAUCCUAAGACAGGGGGCGGGGAGGCAGCAAUGCCAAGUUGGUACAAGUAUAAUACAAAGGCAAGAUGGUACAAGUAUAACACAAAGGCAAUGCCAGAGAUGGUAUACAAAUGCAGUACCGGGCAUCAGGAGGGGGCAGGCAAUUCGUGGCCGGCCUCUCCAAAAGCCUGGUGGAACAACUUAGUUUUACAGGCCCUGCAGAACUCACCAAGGUUCAGCAGGGCCCUAACAGCUGGUAAAUGAGUGUUCCCUAACAGCUGGUAAAUGAGCAGGGGCCAGGGCUGUAAAAGCCCUGGCCCCGGGUAGAGGCCAGCCGCAUCAUUGAGGGGUGAGGGACUACCAGCAGGUUUGCCUCUGCAGAACGCAGAGGCCUACUAGGGACAUAUGGGGCAAGACGGUCAUGAAGUUAAGCAUAAACUGAGGGAAUUGAAUCCUCAGUGCACAUGCACUGAAGAUGCAAUUUAUAUAGUACAGUGGAAGCUGCAAGGUAAUUGUAAAGGCUGUAUCUUUGAUCUUGUACAGAAUGUGACCCUUCUCAAUCUCAAAUUACAGUUCAAGAUGUAACUCAGAAAUGUUGUUUUCAAGCAGGCUCCAGCUACUACUCAAUGACAGUGUUUUUUCCUCAAUUAAAGUAUGUAUUAACAGCCCAUUGAAAUGAAAAUAAGACACAUCAGAAAUGAAUAAAUAGACAGCCAGACACCAUGAAGGAAGCAUAAGGGUCUAUGUGUAGAAGAAUUUUUUCUGUUCUCUCUAGUCUGGCUUCCUUUAAUGUCAUUCUAAUGAAUGUGUAGCAAACAAUUCUCAUAAAAUAUCUGAAAUGCUAAGGAAGAAAAUUUACUGUGAGAAGGUGGGACAUUCAUGUUCCUCAGCUUGGUUAGCAGGAGAAUUUCCUGUGAUUCAUUGUCUGGGCAGUAUAGGAAAUGACAAAAGGAACAGAGUCAGAGUCCCUCCUCAACGUCAUAUUGUUGACAACUCCUGGUUGGGAAAUUCCUGGAGAUUGGGGGAUGACAGAAAGUGGGAGGAAGGAAAAUACCUCAGUAGGUUGUAAUGUCAUACACUCCUCCCUAUAAAGCUGCUAUUUUGGCCAUGGGUGCUUAUCUCUGUAGACUGGAGACCAGUUGUAAUUCCAGGAUACUACCUGGAAGUUGGUAACCCUGCCAACAUGAGGCAGAAUUUUUGCAGUGACAAUUUGAAGAAUGGAAGAAAAGAUUUUUAUAAAUGGUGUGGAAGACAUUUCUGCUCGGAUUAAACAUUUAUUGCUACAUUGAGAGGAGAAACGUUCCCUUCCCACCCCCCAGCCAUUCUUGUAGUCCAACAGAUUGCAGGCUUGUACACCUCAGUGAACAGCUGCUGAAUGAAACAAGCUUGGGAUCUGAUGGAAUUAAUCAUACCGCUUGCCUGUCACUUAUUUUUCCUUUAUCUCACUCACCAUGUUUCCACUGCUGGAGAGAACCACUUCCUUUGCAGAGCAAUGAUGAGAAACCUACUGCCACCAGACACAAUUACUGUUGCAUAUUGCUGUCAGUAUGCAGAUGGGCAGCUUUUGGGGCUGUGCUCAGUGGUAGUUGUCAGUUUGAAUACAGAAUCACAUUAAUGUGGAAAGACUUUCUUCAAAAAAUAUGCCAUAUAAGAGAACAGAUUGUCUAGUGGCUUCAAAUCUUAACAAUACCAAGCAAAAUGUUAUACCAGGUGAAAGAAUUUCACUCUAUUUUCACUAGAAAAAAAUGCUACAACAACUAGGAAAAAAGACAGGCUGUGUAUUGAUUUAGGGCAAUUGGGUAUAAUUUCUGAGGUAGCUAGAUCAGCCUUAUGUGAGUUGUAGAGGGAUAUAAUGUAAUGAGAAUAAUUCUCUGGAAUGUGCUGACCCCAGCUGAGAAAAGUAGAAAAUAGGGUGUGAGGGAGAAGUACUGUUGCAUGUUCCCCAACAGCCACUUUGGGAUAGGGCUUGCCACUGUGUACUUAUCUGGCAACAAAUUUUAAGUAAACCUAUUAACCUUCCUCAAAGUUCCAGGGAACAACAAGCUUUGGGUUUCUUAACUUAGCUGACAUAGAAUAACCAGUACAAUUAACUUUGUAUCAUGCAUGUGAGUAUUUGGCAAUUCUCCCCUCCUUUUUUGUAUUAAUCUGCAAGUCUGCAGUAAAAGCAAAACAUCCAGAAGAGUUAUGUCCGAGAUAAUUUAGAUAGCCACUCUUACUUGUAGUUUAUGCAGAUAGAUAAGUUAACACAAGCAUUACUUCUAUUGAUAGGUUAAAUCCAAAGGAUCAAUGUAAUGCACUUCUGUUUAGAUAGAUAAAAAUAGAAAGGUUAAUAUACCUCUCGGGAGUUCCUAAAUCCACAAAAGUGGCCUUUGACAGGAAUUGGGGAGAUGACAGCAUUUUCCUCAUUUCUUACCAGUGGCACAGUAAAUUCUGUACCCAGAAUUGACUUCAUCUCUACACAUCAAUUUUAAUGACUGAACAGUCUGGGGUUGGCAGGGUAGCUUUUCAAGCAAUCAGUAGGGAUGACUUGGAUCCUCCAUUAAUUCUUCAGCUGCCCUGACCUUACAGUGAUUUCAUACGGGGCAAGCUCAGUGAAAAGUAUGCAAAUAUCGGGGAUAGAAAAAAGAGGUUGGGAAAGAUUAGAAAUGACAUGAGACAUUGCGUUUCAUUUUAACAGGCAAUGAAAGAUCAGUUGGCUUUAGUGAAAAGCUUUAGUUUUUCUUCCCCCUUGACAGAUGUAUGCUUUUGGAAGGAAUCAAAUUCAUAUUUAUUGAGCCCAGAGCUGGGAACAUUGGUUAUUUUAAGUGAAUUAAUUUGAACAGACAUGUUUGGUGGUGUGUGUGUGCCCUGCAGUGCAAGUGGUAGCCAGUUGGUAGUGGAAGCACAAUCAAAUUCUCUCUCUUUCUGAUGGGACCCCAGAAGGUUGCAGCAUCGCACUCCACCAUGGCCAUUUUUGAUUCCCAAACAAAAGUGUUCUAAACUCCUCAAAGGAUAUUUGCACCUUCCUGGUCCCUAUUUCAUGGCUACUUUUUCAUAUGCAUUUAUUUUUGCCAUAUUGUGGUAAGAGUAAGAUGAAGAAGAGUCAGUUUUUAUACCCCAAUGUUUUCUACCUGUAUGGAGUUUCAAAGGGGCUGAAAAUCACGUGUCCUUCCCCUGCCCACAACAGACACCUUGUGAGGUAUAUGGGGCUAAAAGAGUUCAAAGAGAACUCAAGGUUACCCAGCAGACUUCAUGUGCAGGAGUAGGGAAACAGACCCAGUUUACCAAAUUAGUGUCCAACAAUCAUGUGGAGGAGUGGUAAAUCAAACCUGGUUCUCCAGAUAACAUCCCACUACUCUUAACCACUACACCAUGCUGUCAGUUAGAAAUGAUAGAAUUGCUUGACUAACCUUGCUGAGGCUGUAACAGCAUAUUUUUGGUAUCUGAAUUCAGAGAAGAAGUUCAUCAAGUGCCCAAAUCCCCACCUUUAGCAUGGUUUAAAUAAUUAGAAGAAUGGCCUCUAUCUCUGGUUACAUGAAAGGCCUUAUUCUUCAGGCUGUUCCCAGUUGCAUCACAAAUAGGAAACUGUAAGUGAAACACCCACAAGGGCUUGUGGAAAGCAUCUAAUUUUCCCCUCCACCACUAUUUCUUCUUUCCCUUCACUAAAAGCCCCAAUAACCUCUCUUUUUUUCUCUUUUCUUCUCCCUUUCCACCCACUCCCAACCUACCAUUAUCACCCCAUCAAAAUGUUCUCCCUUGGUAGCCUCUACCCAAGGGAAAAAGCUUUGGCUGAAUUGCUCAGUGUCAAUUGCCACACCAGAAUCAGUUGUGCAGUAUUGACUGCCAGGCCUAAUUGUGUGGUGGGGAACCCUCAAGGAUUUGUAGGGAGGCGCACCUCCAGUGGUGGGAUUCAGCCUAUUUGCACCAGUUUGGUAGAACCGGUAUCUAAUUUUUUGUAUAAUUCAGAGAACUGGUUGUAAUCCCUCCACUGAGUCCUUUCGGAACCAGUUGUUAAAUUAUUUGAAUCCCACCACUGCGCACCUCCCUUUCCCUUAUACUCAUCUCCCCGAACUUCUUCUUUCCACUUGGCAACCCCCAUAUUUUCACUUUUCUCUGCUUUUAUAUCUGUUUUGCUUGGUAAUGUGGACACUAAAGUGACUUACAUCAUUCACCUCUAUUUUAUCAUCUCAGUUAUGUUAGGUUGAGAAUGUGUGACUGAUCCAUGGCCACCCAGUGAACUUCUACAGCAGAAUAGGGAUUCUAACCUGGGACUCCCAGAUCCUAGUCUAAAACCCUAACCAUAGUAUCUCACUAGGCUUUUGUGGGUGUCCAGACCCCAAUUGCACAUCUGUAUGGGGCCUCAAGACUUGAAAGAGUCAGCCAGAUGUUUGGGGCUGUCCCACAUGAAUCUUGGUUGGAUGUUUGGGGCUGUCCCACAUGACUUUUGGUUGUCUAGGUUGACACAUGGACUGGCCAAAAAGAAGCUGCCCACAAAUGACACCCACAGGGACAGGCUCAAUAGAAUUGCCACCUCCCCCCGCCUCCAGCAGGCAGCCAACAGUUCUUGUGGCUAGGAAGCCUCACUGGCCAUAAUGCCUUCCCUGCAGGCUAGAACACCACCAUCAAGACUCUCCCCCCUCCCAGCCUGACUUACUCAAAAGAGAUCAGCUGUGGGCUCUGAGAGUCUGCUAAGAGGGUCUGCUAAGAGUGGCUCACAACACCCUCUCCUCUCUGUGUGAAGACAGUGGUGUCCAGGGAACCAGGGCUCAGGAGCCCCAGCUGACAUCCGGACUGCUGGCCCUGGCCCCACAGGAAAAUGACCAAAAGUGGGAAAGAAGGACUGCUGUACUGGGUUCCCAUGUCUCACUGGAAGAAGGCAGGAUAAUUGCCUAGAGAGGUAACAGAAAAAGGGAUGAAAGGGAGAAAGUUUGAUGCUAGAAGUCCUCUGCUAGACAUAGCAAUCUCAGUGGAAGAACCAUUGCUAGGAUUGCAGGAAUUAGAGAUAGGAAGAGACAUUGUGGGGAAAGGAGAAGGGAGGGGCAGUGAUUAAGGAAAGCACAGGAAAAGGGAAUAAACAUCUUGGCAAGGAGGUGGAGGUUCCCACUGGCAUGCCCAGAGAGAGAAGAGCCAGGUGGAAGCAUAGAAAUGCAGAUACUGAUGGAGCUUGGCUCCAGCCAUCAGGCGCUCACUAAGGCGAACCUACGGCUGACAACAGAAAGGGGUGACAGAGCACAGAAGACCAGGGCAGAGACUGUUGAUGCUGACAGUGAGGUAGCCUGUUCUGUGUGAAUCAUGCUAGUCACGUGGUAUCAAAUUGCUUGUUGGUUUCUGCCAGUCCUGGCUCCAAUGAGUCAUCCCUCAAAGGCUAGAACAGGAUACUUCCCCCUCCAUCUGGCUUUUACUGACAUAAAUCAAUGCUUGAAGGCUGACAGUACUGUUGUGGCUGCUCUACAAAGAGGACAUUUGUUUCUUAAAGCUACAGGUGCUACUUGUAUUAUUUGGGGGGGAAACCCCACAUUUUAUUUUUAUUUUUUAGAUUACAGAUUUUUCUACAAACCUAGAACAUUUUCAAGUUUGUAGAAAUAUUUUUCUUGUCUGCUCCUGGGUCCAGUCCCUGGAUUUAAGUAUCUACAGAUUUUGCCAUGAUAAGAAUUAAAUGCUAAUGGUGUAAGAGGAGGGAGUGAUUUUUAGUGAUUUUAAAAUGGCAUUCAGCUGUUGUUUGUUGAUGCUUUUUAUGAAUGAAUGGUGCAUUUACUAUUGUUUCAUGUUCUAGUUAAUGGACAUUAAAUUCAUUUCUCUUCUGGUCUGUGUGAUGUAUUGAUCCAGUUUUCCCUGUGAACCAAAGCACUGAAAAAAUUGAAUUAAACCAGAUUAAACAAA